GUGGCACUCGAAAAUAAUAAUUCAUGAUUGCAACACGUUUGAGUUUAAAUUUAGAAACUGAAUGUGACAGUUGUAGCCGUUAAAUGUUUUGAGUUUGGUGCAUCAAUAUAUUUGAAUAUAUUAAAACAAAGUGUUUUGUAGUUAAUAUUGAGGUAGAAUAUGGAACUUUAAUUCUAUUGAAUUGUUACAAAACCACUGUAUUUAUUGUUUAAUACAAAAUGGGAGGGAACAUAAGUAAAUCAAGUACGGAGACGGCUGCACUCACGCAAAAAAACGACUUGGACAAGGACACCAGUAAUAACUCCGAUCCUCGAUCUCCAACGCCUGAAAUAACUCGGACUCCUUUACAGAAUAAGAAUGGAGCUAAGCAUAAUAUAACAAAGAAUGUUGAUUUGCGGAAGACUUUUGAAAAUGGUAAAACAGAAGAAAAACUUAUACACAACAAUCCCAUUUUAUCAGCCGUUAUAAAAAAUCACUUACAAUCUUAUGACCCACGUUCUCCAACUCAAGAUUUUGAAAGAACACCAAUAGUUAUUUCAUCUAAAAUUGACGAUGAUCAAAAACUCUUUAAAGAAAAUAAUAACUUUGGGAGUCCUUGCCUCAAUAAUGAUACCAUGGAUAAUAGUAAUUUUGACUCCUCCUUUGACAUUAAUGACGUCAAAUCGGGUGUAGUAUUACCCAAAAACUUAUGUGAUGGUUUUUAUGACAUGACAUUAAAUGGAACACUAAAUGAAACUGAAGAGCCAUUAGGAUCCUCUACUGCUUCCAAUGAAGUCAUUCAGAAUAAUAUAUCUAAGGAAUGUCCUGAGCCAGCACAACUAUUAGAAACAAACUUUGAAUACAUAGAUACUGGAACUGAAACAUUUGAAGACAGUGAAGAACAUAUUGAAAUUGAAAACAAAGAUUUUGACAUCAAAAAUGUUCCACUCUUUAAGAUUCUCCAAGAAGAUCCUAGAUCCCCGAGUAUUGGUAUUGAACGAACUCCAAUAGUAGUCUCUAAAAUUGAAGAGGAUGUAAGUGAAGAAAAUGUUGAAGAAAUGUCAGAUGACUCUCUCCUAAAAGUAUUGGCGACCACAAAAUCAGAGCCUCAUCAAAAGGAGGAUCAAGAUGGAAUUUUAAUAUAUGAAGAUGAAUCCAACACACUUGAUAAGACACCAAAAAAAUCUAAGUCAGCUAGCAACGGUGGAUCUAGAACACCUUUAUCUUGCAUGAAAAACAAAGCUGACUCGACACAUGCUAGAUCUAAAUCAACUAAUACACUUUAUGACUCUAUAAACAAAAAAGUAACUAAGUCACAGAAAAGAAUUUCACACAUUCCACGACUUAAAUCUUUGACAAAGCAGUCUUCUUACAUUGGUUCAGAUAGUAGCCUUUCAUUGAAAACUAUUUCAAAGACAACAGCUAUUAGUGGUGGUUGUGAAAACACACCUCCUCACUCGCAUCGUGAUAGAUGGGAUAAAGAUAAUAGUAUUGUUCUGUAAGUUUCUAAUAUGCUUUAUCAUAUUAUAAUAUUUAAUAGUUCAUCUAACAGUUGCAUAUUUGUUAGAUAUUUAUACCAGCAUUUUAUGUUUCUAUAUUAAAUUGUUUUAAUGUUAAUUAUCAUCCAUAUGAUUCAUGAUCAUUUGAAAUUGUGUGAUAUGUUAGGUAAAUUCUAAGUGGUGAGUAAUAUCAAAAUCGUGACAUUAAACAUUGUUGUAGUUAUAAUUGUAUUGAUA